CAGAGCAGAGCACAUUAAUACUUUGUCAGCUCAGCCCCAAAGCUCAGCCCAGGAAGCUGCCCUACCAGAGUUCACGUUUCAUAGGGUAGGCAUGAGCACUAGAGAAGAGGAAAUAUAUAUUUAAACUCAAACAGGCUUGGCUUGAAGAAAACAUUGGUUUUCAAUGCAGCUAUGAAUUAAGAAAAUAUAAAAGAAAUUUGAACACUGCUUAAGAAGGGAAGGCCUGGGAAAAAGAAAUACUGAGGAAGAGCAGCCAUGACAGAAGCAUCCACAGAAACAACAGCUGAAUACGCUUAUGAUGAACGUGCUUUUUCCUGCAAUAAGACUGACAUCCAAGAAUUUGGGAAAAUAUUUCUGCCAAUAUUUUACAUUGCAGUCUUUGCUCUUGGCCUCACAGGGAAUCUAAUGGUGAUUUUUGCCAUUGUAAAAGAAGGCAGUAAAAAAAGCAUCACUAAUGUCUAUCUCCUGAAUUUGGCUAUCUCAGACCUUCUCUUUGUGAUCUCCCUCCCCUUCUGGGCUUCCAACACAGUGCGUGGAUGGACCCUCGGGACUAUUCCGUGCACAGCUGUUUCCUCACUGUAUUACAUUGGUUUCUUUGGGGGUAUGUUCUUUAUCACUGUUAUCAGUAUCGACAGAUACUUGGCCAUUGUCCGGGCCACAUAUUCUCUGAAAUCCAGAACAGUGAAACAUGGCUUCCUUAUAACCUGUGGCGUAUGGGCAAUAGCAGUUUUGGUUUCAGUGCCACAUUUUGUGUUCUCCCAGCUGGUAGGAAACGACUGCAUUUCUGCCUUUCCCCAGGAGCUGGAGAACAUCUGGCCAGUGUUCUGCAAUGCGGAGCUGAACACCAUCGGCUUCUUCAUCCCAGUCUGUAUCAUAUGCUAUUGCUACUGUGGGAUCAUCAGAACCCUGGUGUCCUGCAAAAAUCAGAAAAAAACACGAGCCGUAAAACUGAUCUUGAUUGUGGUGGUUGUGUUUUUUCUGUUUUGGUCCCCCUACAAUGUACUGAUUUUUCUAGAGACUUUAAAGCACUAUGAGUUAUUCACAAGUUGCAACCAAAUUAAAUCAUUGGACUAUGCAAUGCACCUGGCCGAAACCAUUGCAUUCAGCCACUGUUGUCUCAAUCCUUUUAUCUAUGCCUUUGCUGGGGAAAAAUUCAGGAAAUACCUUUAUCAUGUCUGCCUGAAGUACUGUCCAUGCCUGUGUUUCUGUGGACCCUGCAGUCGCUACCAGGUCACCUAUUCAGCCAGCUAUGCAGAAAGUGUCGUGAACAGCAACAUAACCCUGAACACCAGCGACCAGGAUGGCUCUGUCUUCGUCUAAAAGCCUCUGUGAAGAAGAUAUGUGUGUAACUAUGCCUUCUGCAGAGCUAGCCACUGCUGAGGAACUGCCAUUACCCAUAUGAAGAGACUUAAUGGCUGCACUGAAUUACUGACAUGCCUUUUGUUAAGCAUUAAAUAUUCUAAAACAGUAAAGAUCUUAGAAAAAAAGGAGCACAAUAUGUCAACGCUGAACAUGGGAUCAAAUCAAGAGAGAAGAAGAGGGAAUGUAGAAGCAAAAGCAGUGAUCUGUGCCUAGAACAGGAAAUGGAGAAGAAUUUAAGGAUAGGGAAGCUAUUAAAUGGUUUAAUCAUCAAAACUUGUACAUACACUGGUGUAUGCGUGUGGUAAAACGUACAUAGGCCUAAACUCACUUUUUAAGGGAAGACAGAUCUCUUUAAUGAAUGGCAGGUGACUGAUAGCAAAUGGGAAUCUUUUUUAUAGUAAAGGGGUAUAUUUUUGAUGCUAUAUAUCCAAAUGGAAGUGAUUCUGGGAUUAUUGAAUGCAAUAAAUGUUUUAUUCUGUGCUUUCAUACCAA